AUGCUCCGCGCCGCCGCCGCCUCUGCUCUCCGUGCCGCCGCUCGCCCCGCACCGGGCGCUGCACGGCCCAUCGCUGCACGGACGCAGCGCUUCUACCACGCAAACGUCCUCUCGCACUAUGAGAACCCUCGGAACGUCGGCUCGCUGCCCAAGAACGACAAGGACGUCGGCACCGGCCUCGUCGGCGCACCAGCAUGCGGCGACGUGAUGAAGCUGCAGAUCCGGGUGGACGAGAACGGAAUCAUCUCCGACGUCAAGUUCAAGACCUUUGGCUGCGGCUCUGCCAUUGCCAGCAGCAGCUACAUGACCGAGCGCGUAAAGGGCCUCUCCCUCGAGGAGGCCGGAAAAAUAAAGAACACGGAAAUCGCAAAGGAACUCGCGCUCCCGCCCGUCAAGCUGCACUGCUCCAUGCUCGCUGAGGACGCCAUUCGCUCCGCCAUCCGUGACUACCACAGCAAGCGCUCAAAGAUGUCCGACCCCAAGAAGGCCGCCGGCUUCAUCGACGUCUCCCAGUCCGCAGCAACCGGCGAGACAGUUGCCACCGCACAUCCAGGACAGGCGUAA